GACCGGCAUUUUACACCAGGCCGGGGUUGCUUUGUGGCUGUCAAGUUUCCCCGAGGUCCGAUUUGGUAGCCACGCUAAUCGUGGUGGUAGCGACUGCGACGGCGGAGAAAUGAAGCAGAAGCGGAAAGGAGAUCUCAGCCCUGCUGAACUAAUGAUGCUGACCAUAGGAGAUGUUAUUAAACAACUAAUUGAAGCCCACGAGCAGGGGAAGGACAUCAAUCUUAAUAAGUUGAAAACCAAGACAGCUGCCAAAUACGGCCUUUCAGCACAGCCUCGCCUGGUGGAUAUCAUUGCUGCAGUCCCACCUCAGUAUCGGAAGGUCUUGGUCCCCAAGUUAAAGGCAAAACCCAUCAGAACUGCCAGUGGGAUUGCUGUUGUGGCUGUGAUGUGCAAACCCCACAGAUGUCCACAUAUCAGUUUUACAGGAAAUAUAUGUGUAUGCAAUUUAAAAGGACAGUUAGCCAUCAAGAAGUGGUUGAAACAACUUGGUCACAGUGUGGAUAAAGUGGAGUUUAUUGUGAUGGGUGGAACAUUUAUGGCCCUUCCAGAAGAAUACAGAGAUUAUUUUAUUCGAAAUUUACAUGACGCAUUGUCAGGACAUACCUCCAACAACAUUUAUGAGGCAGUCAAGUAUUCUGAGAGGAGCCUCACAAAGUGUAUUGGAAUUACUAUUGAGACUAGACCCGAUUAUUGCAUGAAGCGGCAUUUAAGUGACAUGUUGACCUAUGGCUGUACAAGGCUGGAGAUUGGGGUGCAGAGCGUCUACGAAGAUGUGGCCAGAGAUACCAACAGGGGUCACACCGUGAAGGCAGUAUGUGAGUCGUUUCACCUGGCCAAAGAUUCUGGUUUCAAAGUUGUGUCUCAUAUGAUGCCUGAUCUGCCAAAUGUGGGACUAGAGAGAGACAUCGAACAGUUUACAGAGUUUUUUGAGAACCCUGCUUUUCGUCCUGAUGGUUUGAAGCUGUACCCGACCCUGGUGAUUCGUGGAACUGGGCUUUAUGAGCUGUGGAAAUCAGGAAGAUAUAAGAGUUAUUCUCCUAGUGACCUGAUCGAAUUGGUGGCUCGGAUCCUUGCCCUUGUGCCUCCGUGGACUCGAGUGUACCGAGUGCAGAGAGAUAUUCCAAUGCCCUUAGUCAGCUCAGGAGUAGAGCAUGGUAAUCUGAGAGAGCUGGCAUUUGCAAGAAUGAAAGACCUUGGAAUACAGUGUCGAGAUGUGAGAACCAGAGAGGUUGGGAUUCAAGAAAUUCAUCACAAAGUACGACCAUACCAGGUUGAGUUGGUAAGGAGAGAUUAUGUUGCAAAUGGUGGCUGGGAAACAUUCUUAUCAUACGAAGACCCAGAUCAAGACAUUUUGAUUGGCCUCCUGCGAUUACGAAAGUGUUCGGAGGAAACCUUCCGUUUUGAAUUGGUUGGAGGUGUUUCCAUAGUCCGAGAGCUGCACGUGUACGGAAGUGUAGUCCCUGUGAGCAGUCGGGAUCCUACUAAAUUUCAGCAUCAGGGAUUUGGCAUGCUGCUGAUGGAGGAAGCAGAAAGAAUAGCUAGAGAAGAACAUGGAUCUGGGAAAAUAGCUGUUAUAUCAGGGGUCGGCACGAGGAAUUACUACAGAAAGAUUGGCUACAGAUUGCAAGGCCCGUACAUGGUAAAGACGCUGAAAUAACAGCCACACCAUCCACUUUGAUGCAGCAGCCUCCCUCGCAGGAAGUAGAGAUUCGGGAUGUUGAACACUCAGCAGAGGCUGAGCAAAGAAAAUGGACCUACCCUGUUCCCCUGGCAAGAAGCUUGACCCUCAUCCUGCAGCUGCAGAGACUGGAAACUGCUUUCAGGUCAGGGCCGGGCAGCUGCUGACUGAGCAUGGAACCCUGGAACCGCCCUGGGUGUGUGUGCGCUCCUGUGUGUUCUCAAGAAGUGACCAGUUUUCAAGGCUUACGUCAUAUACCUAAUUUCUGAAUUCUGCAUGAGGCCUGCAAGUCACCUACUUUGACUCAGACACAGUGACAAAAGCAAAUGAACUCAUUUGGACACCACAAUUCAGGAACUAGAAAUAGGUGUUGUGAUUUGAGAUGUAAACUUAGGAGUGAGUUAUUUAUGAAUAACCCACUGUAGGGACAAAAAGCCAGGUUGGAACACAGGAAAACUGACAGACUUGGACCUCUGGACUUGAACUACAUAAGCGUUCCAGCACAAGAAAAGGCGUUUGUUUGCAUGGAAAUCAUUCUGGUUCCUGUACUGAUGUUUGCAUAACAAUGUGAGGGGGGAGAGGGAAGGGAGGUUGUAUGUUUGUGUUCAAAGCCUGAAACCAGCCUUUUUCAUUUGCGAGUCUACCAUCUACAGUGGGCCAUCACAGACAUCAUUUCACAUUUCUUACUGUCUCUACUUCCCACACUCCUGACAACUGUAAAACGCGGUGGGCAGCGCUUCUGCCCAGAGACACGUCUGGCUUCCCCUUUUGUCCUGAGCAUGUUUGUGUCUUGUGGUGCUGUGCCCCGAAGUCAAGAUUUCCUCCCCAGAAGCUGUUCCUUGCAUUCUAAUUAUUUAAGAUGGAUUUUGGGUUGUUUGAAAUGGAGAAAGAUAAGAGUUUCAAUUCAUGUGUAAAAGCAAAAAAAAAAGUAAAACAGGCCCAAAUCUAAAACCAGGAAAAAGAUGGGCUUUUUUCAAAGGCUCAUCCUCUAGAACUGCCUUUGUAACUCGUAGGUAAGCUACCGAGGAGACUCAGCCCGGGGAGGGUCCAUUCACGAGGGCAUGGCGUACCCCUGCGCCCCUUGCUUCUGUGGCAUUUUACAAAAGUUUAUGAAAUGGAGUUGAUUCCCCUAAAAGUUUCAAAAAAUAAAAUCAUCAACAUACAAAGAAGAA